AUCAUGACGAAGAAACAAAGCCGAACUCCUGAAGAUGGGAGGAGUAGAAAAAGGAUUUUGAAGCCAGUUGUGGAGAAGAUGAGAAGGGAUCGGAUAAAUCAAAGUCUUGCUGAGCUGAGAAGUUUACUGUUGCGUACUACGUCCGAUCCCCGACUCCAGAAUCCCAAAAUAGAGAAAGCAGAGAUUCUGGACUUGGCUGUGGAGUAUCUUAAGAAGUGGACCGAUGGGAAAGACUUAAACAACGGCCGGAGGAGUCCUGCAGCUUUUGGGAAAUUUGGAUCCAUGGAGUCCAGAGUGGCUCCUCUGCUCAGCAGUGAGAGUGCAGGUUACCAGCAGUGUAUGGUCCAGCUCAACAACUACAUGCACAGGAUCCCACCCACACAGAGAACAAGCCUCACUGAGAGACUUAAGCACCACUCAGAGAGCUUGGAAAAGAGACUGAACUCCAUCCACAGCGUCACCAAGGAGCCUGAAGCUGCGUCCCUGGAGGCGGGUUGUCCAUCCGACAGCAGAGAAGAGUCUCCCUGGCUGCAUUUUCCUUCCCAUCCCUCCUUCCAGCCCCUGUCCUGCUCCACGCCACACCAUGACUACCUCUCCCCACCUCCCUCCCCCUGGUUCUCCCCCUCUUUCUCCACAUUUACUGCUUCUCCUCCUUUCCCGUCCUUCGCCUGUCCCCUCAGCUUCCCCCCCAGCCUGUCACCUCCGUCCUCUAACACCUCCUUCCUGAGUAUCUCACCCACACUUCCUCACACCAGCCCUCUUGGUCUCCACGUCCCCCCGUUAACUUCAUUGAUACCCCCGCUGCACCUCCCACACAGAGAGGUGUCACCAGCAGAAUCCCUGUCAACCAUCUGGAGGCCCUGGAUGGGAUGAGAGGAUGGACACCUGACCCAGCCACAGCAGAACCCCCCAGAGGGAGUUCACUGCAACUGCAGA